AUGUUAGAGCAUCAGUCGCCCACUCUGCUGCCACCGGCUUUGAACAACAGUAGCUGUUGGCCCGAUGGCUCAUCAAAAAUGAUGUGGACGACCCCGGGCCCGGGAGAACUCAUUCGCGCCGCUUUAAUACUCAUGCUAAGCCUGGGAAUACUGUUCGCUAAUCUACUCGUCAUCUGCGUCAUCAAUAGCCGUCGCUACAGUAAAUACAUUCAUGCUCAGCCAAAAUAUCUGUUGACGAGUCUCGCGAGUAACGACCUCGCCAUUGGAAUACUGGUGACGCCCUUUGGAUUUCUCCCGGCUAUCUACGGCUGCUGGCCGUACGGUGAAGUUGUCUGCCAAAUUCAGGCACUAUUGCGUGGUGCUCUCACUCAACAAAGUGCCGUCAUACUCGUCUGCAUGGCGAUCGAUCGUUACGUGUGUAUGCUCCAUCCACAUCGUUACUACCGUCACUCCUCGAAAAAGUACUACAUGCGUCAGGGAUGCAUGGCUGUGAUGUCUACCACUUGGAUAGCCAGCGUUGCGAUAUUCGGAAGUCUUGUCUUACCCAGCGGCGGUUACUACUUCAAUAGCUCGGGUCUCCUCGCCUGCGAUCCUUUCUUCGCAAAAGCAUCUUUCAGGAUAUUGGCCUGUUGCUGCUUUUAUUUCCCAACAACCAUGGUACUGAUGUACUGCUACGGGUCGGCUUUCCAUGUUAACAAAUUGAGGAUUAAGCGUGUCGUGUGUGUUAAUGCACCGGAGAUUGUCAGCGGUGGAAAUAUCGAGAGGUUCGUUGCCCACGAGAGACGACUAUCAACGUCGGUGUCCCGUACAAUGGCAGCUAUGAGCCUCGGAUUUAUUGUUAUGGUAACACCAUGGACAAUUCAAGAAGUCGUUGUUGCCUGCACCGGAAGUAAACCACCGCCUUUCCUUGAUUUUCUCGCAACGUGGCUAGCACUGUCCAACAGCUUCUGGAAUCCAUUUCUCUACUGGCUGCUCAACAACCACUUCCGCCGAAUUUCACGGGACAUAUUUUAUACGAAGAUUUUGUGCCGAAAAAAACAAAUGGGAACGAAGCAACAUUGUUGUGCCACUAGCACCGGUGGUCUGGACAUAAACAGCAUCGGGGGAUUUGACUUAUCAGGUAUGGAUCGUUGUUCCUUGGAUCAGUGCUCAAUAGCGCGAUGCUCAACACCAUCGUUGAUUCACACACCACCGCCACUUCCCUGGGAAUCGAAUCACAGUCUGUGCAAUAGUGAAUUGUCAAAUACGUGA